AUGGAAAGUGACAACGGGCCCGAUUAUGGGCAUGUAAGCCCAGCUGAGAACGACGCUGACGUGUCGCUUUCAGCUGGCAAUCCGGAAUGGGAGUGUGAAACCGGCGAAGGCAGUCGUGAUGAUGCUGGAGCUGGAGCCACCAGGGACGGAGAUCAGGGGAGAUCUCCCGAAGAUGAUGCCCGAGAUCUUCUAGAUUUCGGAGAAGGGCUGGAGCCGCCCUACGAGUACAUGUCGGUUGAGGGCUCUCCUGAGCGUGGAGAUCAACCAGUGCCUGGCGAAGAGCUUAAAGAAGUGGGUACCACUUCUUCGAGCGACCAAAGCAAGGCCCGAGCUGAGCGACCUUCUCCAAUGCUGAAUGGUGUCGGACCCUCCGGACCUGGCAACCGUCACCGCGAAGGUGGCCGGCGCCUUGAUGAGCCCGCGGCGGCAGGAGGCGGUUCGGGACUUGUCUUCGAGAUGGAGGACGUGAUCAGACAGCUGGUGGCGCAGAAUCAGGCCCUGCAGGAGGAGCUGGUCGCGGCGAAGCAGGGAA